UACAACAACAACAAAAAUGUAUUCAUAGUCUAAUCUAUGAUUAUAGGCAUACAUAAUCUUUCUAAUUUAAAAUCGAGUGAAUAAUGGGUGACCAAAUAGAGAUUACAACUUACCCUGAAGAAAACAGUAUGUUUUACAGAGUUCCUUUCUGUGGUCUUAAGGUUGAUAUAAAGGCUGAUUCUGGAAAUGCUGCCAUCGGAUUGGCAAAGAAUAUUGAUGAAAACUGCGAAUAUUGGAUUAUAAUAGGAUACAAUCUUAAUCACACCUCAAUAAGACAGGCUGAUGGGGCCCCAGGGCAAACUGUUGAAACACCCAAUAUCUUAAGUGCAGAUGAAUAUAGAAGUUUCUGGCUCUCAUGGCAUGGUUCGUCUAUAAAAUUUGGUAGAGAUGGUGAAAAUAAACCUAUAGUUACCUUGCCAGGUACAGAAUUAAAGAAGUUAAAAUAUGUAAUGUUUGCUGGGAAGGGAAGAACUGAUUUUUUUAAUGUUGUCCAUUGGAGAUUUGAAUUACCACCACUGAUAAAAGAACCAGAAGUACUGCCAGUGACUGGUGGUCAUGUUCAAUGGGUGCAAGCUGAUAAUCAGUUGCCUGAUGGUGCAGUAAUUGGAGGUUAUGAGAAUGACGCCCUGUAUAUCAUAAGGUCCAAACACAACGGGUCAUUGACACCUGGCAAAUUUGUGUCAUCUGAAGGAGUGGGUUAUAUAUCAUGGGGUGGCCAAGAGCACGAGAAACAGGAAUUUGAGGUUUUAGUUGGAUAUGAUUGCGUAUGGGUACCAACGUGUAAAUCUAAAAUCCCAGUAUCUGCAGUCGAAGGGGGCUAUUCUGAGGAUGGCAGAAAAAAACUCUUCAUAGGACGUGCUUACCAAAAUGGACACCUUAUCCCUGGAAAGGUCCAGCCCUCUCACUCUGUCUGUUACAUACCAUACGAUGGUAGAGAAAUAGCCCAUGAAAACUAUGAAAUAUUGGUCUGUCCUAACAUAAAUGCGCGAUGUGCCAACCAUACAUAUAAUGAUAACAUGGAAAAUGAUGACAACGACGUAUAUGAGGAUUUUUUGGAUGAGGACGAUGUCUAGAUAAUGUAGUAUAAACAAUAUAAAUUUAUUAAUUUAGUUUAAACUAUAAUACUAAAUUAAUAAAUUAUUUAUAAAGACUAUUAUAAGCGUAUUUAGAAGGAGGCCGAGUGAGUCGUGCUCAUCCUAGAACUGUCUAGUGCCCAGCGCAGUAUAAGGAGCAGGAACUUUCAUUUAUAGACAUGACUGGGAAUAUUGUGCUCUUUUUAAGGAGCAGUACAAUAAUAUUACAUACGCAGAUAAUGGUUAUUUUUAAAACGUCAGAGAAGAGAGACGCUUGUAUAUUAUACCUAUAUGUAAAAAUCGAGAAAUUCCUAAAUCUAUUAUGUUUGUAUUUCAUGUUAAUUUUAUACACAUGUUUUGCAAUUUUUGGUAAUAUAUUCUCUUUCACAAAGUUUAUUCCUGUAAUUUAAAAUAAGAUUUUCUGUGAUAUAUGUAUGUAGAAUUUAUAGUUUAAAAAGUAUUUAUUUAUUUACACAAUAAAUAAGAUGCCAAGUUAA